GCCAACACUAAUUUCAUUGGUUGCUGAUGAGAUCGCAUAAUCAAAGUAGUUCUACUACGGAGAUAACUCUUCAAAAUGACCAAAGGUACUUCUAGCUUUGGUAAGCGCUACAACAAGUCCCACACGUUGUGCCGUCGCUGUGGUAAAUCGUCAUACCAUAUUCAGAAGCAUACUUGUUCGCGAUGCGGCUAUCCGGCAGCAAAAAUCCGAUCUUAUAAAUGGUCAGAGAAGGCCAUGGGCAGGAAGACUACUGGCACCGGCCGGAUGCGCUACCUUAAAGUGGUAUUCCGUCGUUUCCGCAACGGACUUCCUUAAGGUCAGGUAGCGAAGCGCAAGGCUGCAGCAAAACAGUGAACAUCGAUUGCGCACUCGGAUAGAAGAAACGAAUCAUGUCCCACGAUAAAUAUUUUUAUCGCUUAUUGUGAGAUAAUGUAUUCUGAUGGUGGAUCCCCCUUGAAAAGGUGGAAGAUCAUGUUCGGCAAUAAAACGUGAAAUGUGGAAUCCAUAUCAGCUCAAUAGGGUUUAGUUUC